AUGGCCGCAGCCGGGGUCACCACCAUCCUCAUCCUCGCGCUGCUGCUGCCCGCGGCCGCCGUCCCCUGCAAAGCCCCGCGCCCGGACAACGCCACGGCAUCAAAGCUGCUGGGGACGUGGCUGUACGUGGCCGGGGCCGCCCAGUUCCCCCAGCACCUCCUGGAGAUGCUGCUCAUCGACCACGGCCACCUCCACGUGGAGCCCCGCGACAGAGAGCAGGAGCUGCUCCUCACCCAGCACGUCGCCGUGGGGGACCAAUGUCUCACCAACAACUCUACCUACUUCGAAAUCACCGCCGGUAACACCACGCUGCUGAAGCACGCCAAGACCCAUCAAACCCUGGGGAUGCUGAUGAACCUCAGCUCUGAAGAUGUUUUAGUCAUCCAGUACCAACUGCAGAGGGAAAGGACGUAUUUGGGACUGUAUCUCUAUGCCCGAAACCUGAGCAUGAGCACAGCUCACCGGGAAGAGUUCGAGAACCAGGCCAAGUGUCUGGGGCUGAGUGAAGAGAAGAUCGUGUAUGCCCCGUGGAAAAUGGAGCUGUGUCAAGUGAAAGAAAUAGGAGGAAGCGGCCCACGGACGGAGCCCGUGGCUGCAGCCACAGCAUCACCCCCUCCUCCGGGUACCCACCAGCCCGGGAGCACCAGCACCUAA